AUGGCUGCUAAAAACUCGUUAAGGUUAGUCUAUCCUCAAUGGCAAGGUGGUAACUCCCCAUUGUACCACUUUGGUUCCCAACUUUUAAAUUUCUUAGCCCCUCCAACCAAAGGGCCUGUUGAAGUUGUUGGUGUUGAAACUCCAGAAGAAGCCAAAGAGUAUGAGGUCAAGGACAAGAUUUUCGCUAAGGAUCAAAUUUUAGUUCAACACAACAAUGCUAAAGCUGCAAUUGCCAAACAUGAUCCAGAUUCUUUGGUUAUCUUGGGGGGUGACUGCUCAAUGGAUCUUGUUCCAUUCAGUUACUUAUUACAAAAGUAUGAUGACUUGGCUAUCCUUUGGGUUGAUGCUCAUCCAGAUAUUAUGACCGCCGAGCAUUACCAAAACUCACAUGCUCAUGUUUUGGGUAACUUGAUGGGUCAUGGUGAUAAAGACUUGGUCAAGCUUGUUCCAAAGGUUGUUCCUCAUGAAAAGGUUAUCUAUGCUGGUUUGCAAAAGACUUCGGAUUUUGAAACUGAAUUCAUCAAAAAAUACAAUAUUAAACACGCUAAUGACAAAGAAUUGGCAGAAAACAGUGAUGUUAUUAUCAAGUACUUGAAAGAAACUGGUGCCAAACACGUUGCUAUCCACUUGGAUCUUGAUGUUUUAGACCCAACCUUAUACAGAGAUUUAUUGCCAUGUAGUACUAUCAGUUCACACGUUUGGGAUGAAGUUCCAUUUGGUAAAAUGAAGUUAGCUGAAGUCUCAAGAUUGUUGAAUGAUGUCAGUAAAGUUGUGGAAAUUGUUGGUUUAGGUAUUGCUGAGCACCAUCCAUAUGAUGCCUACAACUUGAGAAAUUUGUUGUCUUCCUUGCCAUUGAUUGGUGAACCAGAAACUAAUACCUUCAAGGCUGUCUAA